UGCCGCUGUCCCCGCGGCCCCGAGUGCAUGAGGCUUGUGUUUGCCCGAGAGACCCCCAGUGCCUGCUCUGACGCCUGAGGCAGCGCCGGGAGCCAUGUCGGGUUCCUAUGACGAGUCAGCAUCAGCCGCCGAGGAAACAACCGACAGCUUCUGGGAGGUGGGGAACUACAAGCGCACAGUGAAGCGGAUCGAUGAUGGACACCGGCUCUGCAAUGACCUCAUGAACUGCGUGCACGAGCGGGCCAAGAUCGAGAAGUCCUACGCCCAGCAGCUCACUGACUGGUCCAAGCGGUGGAGGCAGCUCAUCGAGAAAGGUCCCCAGUAUGGCAGUCUGGAGAAGGCAUGGGCCGCGAUCAUGACGGAGGCGGACAAGGUGAGCGAGCUGCACCAGGAGGUGAAGAAUAGCCUCCUGAAUGAUGACUUUGAGAAGGUCAAGAACUGGCAGAAGGACGCCUACCACAAGCAGAUCAUGGGGGGCUUCAAGGAGGCCAAGGAGGCUGAGGAUGGCUUCCGGAAAGCCCAGAAGCCCUGGGCCAAGAAGCUCAAGGAGCUGGAGACAGCCAAGAAAGCCUAUCACCUGGCAUGCAAGGAGGAGAAGCUGGCCAUGACCCGUGAAGCCAACAGCAAGGCGGAUCAGUCCAACACUCCUGAGCAGCAGAAGAAGCUCCAGGACAAAGUGGAAAAGUGCAAGCAAGAUGUGCAAAAGACUCAGGAGAAGUACGAGAAGGUGCUGGAUGAGCUGAACAAGUGCACCCCGCAGUACAUCGAGAGCAUGGAGCAGGUCUUCGAGCAGUGCCAGCAGUUUGAGGAAAAGAGGCUCAACUUCCUCAAGGAAAUGCUCCUGGACAUCAAGAGGCACCUGAACCUGGCCGAGAGCAGCAGCUACGCCAACGUGUACCGGGAGCUGGAGCAGACCAUCCGCAUGUCGGACGCACAGGAGGACCUCCGGUGGUUCCGCAGCACCAGUGGCCCCGGGAUGCCCAUGAACUGGCCCCAGUUUGAGGAGUGGAACCCAGACCUGACGCACACGAUAACGCGGAAGGAGAAGCAGAAGAAGGGCGAGGGGGUGGCCCUGACCAAUGCCAGCAGCGUGGGUGACACGGGGGCUCAAGCAGGCGAGCGCGGGAGCGUGAGCAGCCAUGACCGUGGGCAGACCUACAGCGCUGAGUGGUCCGAUGACGAGGGCAGCAACUCCUUCAACACCAGCGAGGCCAAUGGCGGCGCCAACCCCUUUGACGAGGAGUCGGGGGGAAAGGGCGUGAGGGUGCGGGCUCUGUACGACUACGAUGGGCAGGAGCAGGAUGAGCUCAGCUUCAAAGCAGGUGAUGAACUAACCAAACUCGGUGAGGAAGACGAGCAGGGGUGGUGCAAAGGGCGCUUGGACAACGGGCAGCUGGGGCUGUACCCUGCCAACUACGUGGAGGCAAUCUAAGUCUUGUGAUGUGCUCCUCGUCACCGUCAGCAGAUAAAUCCACCCUCCGUUGUCUCCAUCUCUCCACCAGCCAACCAGCCAUUCUGCCGUCUGGUCCUUCACCCCUCACCCUUAGAGAUUCAGACAUAUUUUCCGACCAAGCUUUUAUUUUUUUAAGAGUUGUCUCCGAAGAGUAUUUUGCAUAGUCGCUUUCUUCUAAGAUAACGUGAAGCGAAAGAUGACGUUGUCCGUUCGUCUACGUUAGUUGAAUUUAUUUUUUUUUCUGAGCGAAAAGCUGAUACCUCAAGAUCUUAAAGCCCAACCAGUGAGAGCUCCUGAUUGGUUGGUUUUUAAAGAUACUGAAAUCAUGAGCCGCCUUCUGAUUGGCUGGAACUGUUCUGAAACACACGGUGCCGAAGUUCCUGGGACCAACCAAAUUCAUCCCAGAAAACCGAGAGGGAUUCGAGUCUGACUCCGUUGGGUUUUUUUUGGGUGUUUCCACGUUCUCCCCAGCUAUUCCUCCCGCCCCGAGGAAGGGGGUGAAUGCCCCCUUCAGCCCCGCGGCCAUCCUUGAGAUGCCCAGGUAAGGUGGGACCAGCCCCGCCAUGGAGCUUGCUGGCAUCACCUCAGCUUCCUCCUCCUCCCGGCUGGGCUGUCAGCACACCUGGAGCAGGCAGAGG